AUGCACCCACAACGAUUCCUCACCCCUCUCCUCAUAUUCUUGGCAUCUGGGUUCUCGCUGGCUUCAGAGAUAGAGUCUACUCGCUGCAUCCUUUCCAUUGCCGAAGCCGUAUCCCGCCUCUCUUUUACAGGGUCACUAUCUACUCCCCGGCAAAUAGAUACAUGUACCAACAGGCUGCGCACUUACUCCAUAUACGCUGCAGCGACGCUGUACUGCUCAUCAACGGAAAUCAGAGACGGACUGAAGGUCCUCGAUUAUGAUUGUGAAAAGGAUGGGUUGUAUAGGAUUCCGUAUGAAACUGUUCGGCCAGAGUUGACGGAGCGGUAUCUACGUGGUUUGCGAGUGGUGGAGUAUGGCGAAGUAUCGAGGGGCGUGGAAUUGGAUGAGGUAGUAGUGGUGUCGUACGAUUGGUAUGAGAGGGUGGUCAGGACGAAUCGGGCUUGGGCCUUUGAAAUGUGGGCACAUCAUGCCUUUGGGGUUUUUUCUUAUUGGUUCUGGGGUAUUGUACUCCUAUCCGGUAUCCUGAAUCGGCUCUUCAUACACUUUUCUGGCCUCCAGCGGCGCGGUAUAAAAUACGACGCCGAAGGUCAUCCUUUGAAUAUCGGUUCUAGAAACUCUCUCCUAUUUUCCCCUCUCAGACGGUUGCGGCACUGGGUGAGGGCCUACUUCAUCAUCCCUGCGGCUUUCGGAACUCACCAUCAACGGUUGUUUUACUGGUGCUCCAUUCCAACACGUAUCGAAGCAAUUGUGAUAGUCCUAUUUUACAUCUUCAGUCUCGUCCUCACCUGUGUUGGACAUGAUGUGUUUAGAGGGAAUCUAUUCUGGGACGAUAUAUUCUCCCAAAUAUUUCGAUAUGUAUCGGAUAGAACUGGCAUAAUGUCGUAUGCAAACCUGUGUCUUCUCUGGCUUUUCGGCUCCCGCAACAAUCCAUUUCUGUGGGCAACCGGCUGGAGUUUCGCGACGUUUAAUCUUUUCCAUCGAGCGAUUGCAAGGGUGGCUACGAUCCAGGCUAUCGUUCAUUCGAUUGGAUACACGGUGCUCACAUUGCAAGGCGAGUUCAAUCUAUACGAUAGGUACCUUUGGCCGGUGGUUGUUAUUUGGAGUUUGGACAGAUUUGCCCGCCUUGCGAGAUUACUUUCAUGCAAUAUCCACCUACGGCUUAACAAAAAAUCGAUUACCUACUCAACGAGUGUGGUAUCAUACAGCGAAGCGUCUGACAUUAUCAAACUGGAAAUCAUACCUGGAUCUCGGCAUCUGCAGCCUAAACCGGGCCAUCAUUAUUAUAUCUACCAACCAUUACGAUGGACAGGAUAUGAAAGUCAUCCGUUCACCGUUGGCAGUUGGUCAGCCAUAGGUAAUGAAUGUGAACACCUUCCUUCCUCUGAGGCCAGCGAUUUUUCUUCGGCUAGCACAGCGGUACAAUCCGAAACUAGUACACCAAGGGCACCCAAGAGGGCCACCACGAGUGAUCUCACAGACGCAAAAUACAAACUUGUAUUCUGGAUCCGACCUUUCGACGGCUGGACCAAGCGUCUCCGAUCUGAUUGCCUCAAAUCACCCAAACAGACUUUAACGACGAGUUUUCUAAUAGAAGGACCAUAUUAUGGCCCAAUCGAACUCCAUACAUUCGAAAAUGUCAUUCUCAUCGCCGGCGGCACUGGCAUCGCAGCUGCCCUCCCACAUAUCGAGGAGCAUUUACGGCGCACAGAAACAAAAUCCCACCAUAAUAAUAAGUUCAUUGCACCAUCAUCGCCGUGCUCCUCUUCAACAGCUCUUCACGCGCCGGAGAUCUCCACAGAUCCUCCGCGCACGAGAACGAACAACAUAUCAUUCGUCUGGACCACACGGCAAGAGGCGUUUAUUCAUGAGUUGGCGGCUCGCGAACUAGGCCCGGCGCUCGGGAGAGGGGACAUAACUACUCAAUUCUACUGCACGUCAUUGCAACCGCGCUCAAAAUCGCAAUCAAUUGGCGGCCCCACCUGCAGCAGAGACCUGCAACCCGAGCAAGAUACGAUGGAUGACCGCACCGCGCUCCUAUCAUCCGUUGACGGUAUAUAUAACCAGGCCGUUACAUAUGGUAACCAUGGCCAUACGUUCCCGAUUGAUAUCCAUCCCAGAAGGCCGGAUAUAAGAAAUAUCAUCACGAGAAGUGUGCAGGAAAUUGGCAAUCGUGGGGAUUGUCCUAGAAGCGUUGCAGGGAGGACGGCGAUUUUGGUCUGUGGACCGGCGGAGAUGGCGGACGAAGCUCGUGUAGCUGUUCAUGAGGUUUUGAAGAAGGGGUAUAGGGGAGUAGAGUACUUUGAAGAAUCGUUUGGAUGGUGA